GUGUUUUCUUUCCCUUUGUUUUUCCUUGCCCUGUUUUUGAGGUUUCUAUGAAAUUCAAUUGACCAAAAAUAGUUGUGAUCAUCUCUCUCUUCUAGGACAUCUGAGCUGAGCCCCAACCCACCACCACACAAUGGAAUCUUAUCUUCUUAUGUAUUUUGAUUUUUAAAUUUUGUGUUACAUCCGGUUGAUUGCUCCCCAGAAUCAAUUCUAGAUGUGUUGUUUUGAUUAAGCUAGCAUAUACCAAAAUAAGGCCAUUAUGGCGUCAGUUUCAGUUUCAACAGACCUCUUCAUUGACAAAUUUGUAGCAAUUCUCGAGAGUGAAGCAGCCUCCAUAGCGGGUGUUGGUGAUCAAGUUGAUGAGAUUAAGCGGGAGCUGGAAUUCAUGAAAGCCUUCUUAGCGGAUGCUGAUGGGGGCAACAAAGCACACACACAAGUAGAGGAAGUGUGGAUCAGAAGCGUUCGAGACUUGACCAAUGAUGUUGAAAACAUCAUAGAUGAAUUCAUGUAUCAAGUGUACGAGCAGCAAAUUGGCGGUCAAUUUGCCAGGUGGAUCCACAAAACCAUUCACUUUCCAAAGCACCUUUGGUAUAAGCGUAAAAUAGCCAACAAGUUACAGAAAAUCGCGAUGGCAAUUAGAGCUAUUCCAGAGAGAAAUCAGAGAUAUGGUGGUGGUGCAGCUGUAGAAGGGAAAAGUACUUCUUCUGAGGAUAUUCGCAGAUGGGUGCAGAAUCAAGCGGAGUCUUCUCUUUAUCAUAAGGAGGAUGGACUCGUCGGGAUUGAAGGUGAUAAGAACUUGUUAAUGGGAUGGCUGAUGAACGAAGAGCAACGCCAAACUGUUGUGUCUGUGGUCGGGAUGGGAGGAUCAGGGAAGACAACUCUAGUUGCAAGGACUUUCAAAGAUGAAAUUGUAAAGAGACAUUUCGAAUGCUAUGCGUGGAUUACUGUUUCCCAGUCUUAUGUGAUUGAAGACUUACUUAGAAGAUUGAUCAAAGGAUUCCACAAAGCAAAGAAGGAAGAGGUCCCUGCAGACAUGAAUGCCAUGAGUUAUAACGAAUUGCUAGAGAUUUUGGUGAACUACUUGGAGACUAAAAGGUACCUAGUUGUAUUGGAUGAUGUGUGGGAUGUCCACCUUUGGGACAAAAUAAGGUUUUCAUUUCCAGAUAAACAACUUGGAAGUCGAGUCAUGCUUACAACUCGAAGAGAAGACAUAGCAUCCUCUUCUUUUGGAGUUGAAAGCUAUGUUCACAAGAUUCAACCGCUGGAAAAGGGUGAUGCGUGGGAGCUCUUCAGCAUGAAAGCAUUCUCAAGUUACCCUAACAAAUCUUGUUCAACAGAAAUUCU